AUGGAGGAGGAGGAGAUCAUCUGUCGAUAUUGCUUCGGAGGCAGCGAGGAUGGUGAACUCAUCUCUCCCUGCAAAUGCGCUGGAGGGCAGAAGUACGUCCACCUGAAGUGCCUCCGCCAAUGGCAGCGCAUGGUACUGGUCACUCAGCCGACGCAUCCAGCCUUCUACGAUCGAGAUCUGAGGCACCAGACCUGCAACGUCUGCAAGUCGGAGUUCACCUGCGUGCCGCCGACGCGGCACGGGCUCAUGGCAUCCUUCACAGGGCCCGAGAUCGCCGCGCUCAUCGACGUGGGGUGCGUGAUCGCCUCCCAUGAGGCAUUUUCGGCCGAGCUGGCAAGGAGCUUGGCAACCAUGCCCUCCAUGCUCAGGCAUACUAGCAGCUACGAGCACUGGAUUCGUGGCGUUUUCCUCAUUACACAGGUCGAGCCCGAUGAGGGAAAGCUGACCAUCCCCAUCGACUCUGAAGGAAUGUUGCAAAGAGUCCGCGGGAAGAUGGACGCGAGGCUUUGCCUCACGCUGCAGGGCCGACAUUGGCGCGUGGCGCCGCGGGAGGCGCUCGAAGGCGUGUCGAGUGAUGCACUCGCGGAAGCCUUUGCAGAAUUGAAGGCUCCCUGCACCAUCAUGCUGGAGUCUGAUGAGCCAGAGAGUUGUGGCAACGACCACGUGGUGGCUGUGAACCUCACCAGACCUCUGGAUGCGCCUCCAGACCGUGGCUUAGUGGACAGAACCCUGCGCGAGGUCUGCCAGAAGUACAAGAAGGCGAGCAACGUGGAGAUCACUCACUUCAUCGGCGGCCCGUGCCAAGAAGACGAGCUGAUGUGUUGCGUAGUGCUGGGAGGAGCAGGCUGUGGAUGGACAGUGCUGAAGGACUUGGGCCAAGCCGUGGAACUUGCCUUCAGCCGCAGGGCCAAGCGACGGGAAGCGGAGGGAGAGGUGCACGGAGGGCAGACGGUGCGGCUGCAAGGCCUGCAGGAUGCCGCCCACCUCAAUGGCGAGAUUGGCGUUGCCUUGCGCUUCAAUGCAGAGACUGGCCGCUGGCUUGUUCGACUGCGUAAUGGCGAGGGCAAGCAGCUGCGGCCAGCCAACCUGGCGGGCCUCGAGGGUGCUAUGGGCCGGGUCUUCGCGGUCUGGGGCGACGCGCGAUGGUCUCGGGCACAGCUGCUGGGUGAGAUCGCCAAGGGCGAUUGGGGUUUGUGCAGAGCCAACAUUGGCGACCUCACCGCCGCGCCGGCGGAGCGGUGGCAGGGCACCCGCGGGCGACUCGCGUUUGCACCCAUCACGGAGAUGACGGAAGGCUACAUGCGUGAAGCGCAGCGGGAGAUGAAUGCAGCGAGACACACGCUGCAGAUGCACGCGGAUCCGCAAGAGUCGCUGGCGCCGAGCCAGGAGGGUUGGGUGCCGUUCGACAAGAUGUACUGA